CAAAACGGUACCACAGUCAGUCAGUGUUCUUGGAUCGCUCCGUCAAAUAGGUUCCGCGGAAUCUGCGCGUAAAACCGGACGUCCGACGUUCUGUGCUUCUAGUUGCGGCCGCCGUCAUUAGUCAUUAGUGUGUACGCACGGGUUGACCCGCGAAGUUUCGUGUUCGUGUGUGUCCGGUUGGCGGAAUCUUCCACUGUGAACUCGCUGGGAUUUCGCGCGUCGCGUGUUUUAUUUUCUCCCCCUUGGUGAAGACGGGGGUGGUGUGGGAUAUGCAAAAGAAGCGGCAAUAGGGGUGCGAAAAGAGUGCGAACAGAAUAUAGUCUUCGUUUGUGACGAUAUUAAGUUCCAUAAAGUUUAGCUCGCAUCGCGCGGUCUGUGUUUGUGUGUAGGUUCUUCGGGAAUCCAACGUCUCUCACUCAUUAUCACCCUCCUGUGUGCGGCGCCGACACUUGAUGUAACGUCUUGAUGAUGAUUGUCGGUUUGCUCCAAGAAACCAAAUCGAGAAGCUGAAGCGCGAGCGUCGUGUGUGUGGUCAUGUGUCUGUUGUGGCCAAGUGUUUACUGAUCGAGAUAUUUUUGCUGCUUCCGAGCGAACGGAACGUGUGAUGGAAGAAGGGGGACGCUGAUCGCGCUGAAGUUCACUGUUUUGAUCGAAUGUGAUCUGACAGCUUCAGAAAUUGGGUCUUGAUUUUGGAUCAGGUGCAAGGAAAAAAACUCAAUUGCUAACGUGUCCUGGAGGAUUAAGAAGUCUACUUUCAGUGCCAGGCGAAGGUGCUUUCUUUGGCAACCAUCACCAGAAGGGGGUAAAACAAACGACGGAACACCACCAGUGAACCCUCAUCCGGCGUCAAGUUCCCCAUCAUCCCCGCCAUCGGCAUCACGUCUUAAACAAAAACAUCCAAGCUAUAUAGGAAACAGCUGGAAAAUAGCAUCAUCAGAGCCGUGGAGGCGGAAAUACGCAAACCAAAUUUCGUGCGCUCGACAAGAAGACGAAGAUGAUGUUGUGAUUCAGUGUUGAAAAGUCGGUUGAGUGAUUCUUUCUCGAGCGACACAAAUCGUUGCUUGUGGUGGUGGUUUUGGGUGGAUAUUUAGCUCCAAAGAAAAUUGAUAGGUUUAUGUUUUGAACGCUGGGGUCGGUUUUGAUCAAUGGCGGUGGUUUGGCAGAGAAAAAUGUGCUCAAGUCCGAAAUGACGAAGAAUAAAAUCGUGCUGAAGUGUUAUUGAAUUUAUGAAAUUUUGUGGAGGCGCCGGGGGGAUGAAACAAUAGCGCACAGAAAAGAAGUGAAAGCGAAGGCAAUUCGUGAAAAUUAUCAGAGGUAGCAUAUUUUCCAGCAUAUUAGUGUGUGAAUUCAAGUUGAAUUGAAGAAUAAAAAAGCCCAUAAAAAAGUACAUAUAUAUAGAGCCAAAGAUGAGGUGUUUCAAGUGAUAUGGGGGCACUCUGCGGAAGGGCUACUUGAAUGUGGCUGAAUGGUUUCUGCUGCGGUGGCCUUUGCGGUACCGAAGACGGCGUCCUGAAGGGGGAUCGGUUUCAGCACGAGCACGAGCUGAACGGCACCGGUCUGGAUUGUGCCGAAAAUUCCGCCCCGACCACCUCUCGAGGCUCGGCUCAGCACAACGGGUCCUCCCAUGACGGUAUGGGUUGUACGCCCAGUAUCCUCUCCAGCGGCAGUGGCAGCUCCAGCAGUCAGCAGCACCGCAAGGAUAGCGGUGGUGGUGGUCCAGUAGUUGAGCGGACCUGUGGCGCUGCAGUUACCGGUUCCGGCAACGAAAGUAACGGUGCUAACAGUGGCAAACUCGCCAACAACAAUGCCGCUCUGAACCGGGCUCAAAUGUUUGAGUUUGGCGGGAAGGACGUAAGCGGUGGAACGUCCGGAACGGGGGCAGAAGAAAAGGAGUGUAUUAAGAAAGAUUCAAUCGUGUCAAUUUCUGGCCUAGGCCACGUAUCCGUCGUCUCCAAUCUCCUACGCAGACCAACCGUCGGAAGUGGAACAUCGAGCAGUUCAGGAAGAUACGGCCAUCGACAAUCGUCACUAGCUUUAACCCCAGAGGAGGAACCACUCGACUCAUAUCCUAGAUUAAUAUCGGAUUUAAAAUUCCCCAACCUGUUGCCACCCAACCCAUCGAUAAAGAUUUUAAUAGCGUUCUGCAAAAAUGAUCCGGUGUUCGAAGCGCUCGUCAACGCCUGUCAUCGGCUCAAUUUCGAGCCUACCUUCGUCAAAUCAGCGGAUGCCGCACUGGAAGCGUUCCAGAAUGUUAACAGCGGAGGCCACCACAUCAUCGUGGUGGAUGCACGGCAUCCCAGGAUCAUCGAGGCCGAUGUUUUGGGGAGGUCGAUACGAAACUCCAAAGGAAGUCAGCACACAACAAUGGUGGCAGUGGUUAAGAAAAGUGUUUUCGAACGGGACGAUACGGCUGUGAUUUCUCUGCUGGACGUCGGCUAUAACAGGUGCAUAAUCGAGUCACCACAUGUGUCCAUCUGCUCGUCGGAAUUGCGACAGAUCCAGCACUCGCUAGUCCGACCUCAGAACGUGAUAUCGACACAACAGGCUCUAUACACUGCUUUGCAAAGGUCACGGGAAGCCAUCAUCAUCACCGACGAUUCCUUGCGGACACAGUACGCGAACCGGGCAAGCGAGAAAAUAUUGAACAUGAAAGCGGACGAAAUUGUUGGCAGAUCGUUCAGCGAUUUUGUGUCGACCGAUAUUAGCAGCAUUCUAUCUCACACCAGCAGGCACAAGAAUUACGAAGGGUUCAUCAGCACCCGACGAAAAUCGCAGGAUACUCUUCACGUCCACGUCCGCGCCAUACCUGUGUCGUGCAUUGGGAGAAAUCCCACGCACCUAGUUUUAAUCCUGGAGUCCCCAUCCGGGGGAGCAACGCUUUCCACGCUGACAAGCGAUGCGUUACAGACGCUUCCACAGAGCAAAGAGGUGGCACGUGGGUCGUUGCAUUCGAUCCGACGAGGCAGCUUCGAUGUUCGCUCGAUCGCUUCCGAUGGCUUGCGGCGCACCAGUUUGGCUAAACUGACCCAACUUCCACUGGAGGCACCCAUCACGAAGGUUUUGAGCUUGCUCGCCCAGGUCCAGGAAAAUUGCUCCCAGGAGGAGUCAAAACUGUUGGACCGGGUGAUGGAGUUCCUCAAACGGGAGGGCCUCUACAGUCCCCAGAUGAAGGAAAUUCGAACCGAAGACCCAGUGGCAACGGAUCUGAUAGGAGCUUUGCUGACGCAAGGACCCACCAACAUUAUGUCAUCACGCCGAAGUUCGAACGAUUCAAUCAUCCGGGGCGGGGGUCGCCCUUCCACCGGCAGCAUCGUGUUCACCAAAUCCCGGGAAACUUCACAGCUUUCCGAUCUUCUCAACAGUGCGCUGAACUGGGAGUUCGAGAUUUUCAAACUGGAAGAACUUACCGACAAGCGUCCGCUCGUGUGCUUAGGAUUGGAACUUUUCCGGAGGUUUGAUGUUUACAACACAUUCAACUGUGACGAGAUGACGUUCAAGCUGUGGCUGAUCGAGAUGGAAAAACAUUACCAUGCGGACAAUACAUAUCACAACAGCACCCACGCAGCGGAUGUAAUGCAGGCCACAGCCUGCUAUAUUCAGCAGCUCUCGUCGCGCGAGAUCAAGGUGAUGGAUCGUCUGGACGAGGCCACUGCCCUGAUUGCCGCAGCAACCCAUGACAUAGACCAUCCUGGCCGCUCGUCGGCCUUCCUGUGCAAUUCGGACAACAUGCUGGCCCUGUUGUACAACGAUAUCUGCGUGCUGGAAUCACACCAUGCCGCUACCACCUUCCGGCUAACGAUGGAUGACGACAAGAUCAACAUCUUCAAACAUUUGGACAGGGAAACGUACAAGCUGGCCCGCUCGGUCAUCAUCGAUAUGAUCCUGGCGACGGAAAUGACUCGACACUUCGAGCAUCUGGCCAAGUUUGUGAGCGUCUUCGGGACGGAAGUGGACGCCAAGGAAGCCACCCAUGAUAACGACGACAAUCAGAUCCUGGUCCGACGGAUGCUAAUCAAAUGUGCGGAUGUGAGUAACCCAACCAGACCGCUCAAGUUCUGCGUCGAGUGGGCGCGCCGAAUAGCGGAAGAGUACUUCACCCAGACGGACGAGGAGAAGCGAAGGAACCUACCGAUCGUGAUGCCGAUGUUCGACAGGACCACCUGCAGCAUAUCGAAGAGCCAGAUUGGAUUCAUCGAGUACAUCAUACACGACAUGAUGGACACCUGGAACAGUUUCAUCGAGAUGCCAGAAAUCAUCCGUUACAUGGAGCAGAACUACUCCAAGUGGAAACUGUUCGAAGAGCAGGGCAUCAACACGCUGACCGACAUCAAACGGAAGCAGCUCACGCUCAACAGCGAGGCGGCCGGUACGACCUCGGUUGAGGAGCUUUAGGAUUGUUUUCUUGAAGGAAUGUGGAUGAUUAGGGUUAACGAUACAUUUGUUCAUUUUUAAGUUUCAGUUCAUGUUACCUAUAAACCCUCUGUGUAAACUGUUGUGAAGUGUUGCAGUCGAAGACUAUGCCGAAUGUUAUAAUGUGUGAACUCAAUUCUCUAUUGAAAGGCAUAUAUUUAAAUGUUCCGAUGAUUUAACUACGUCUUUGAACCGUUUACUUUGACGAAGGAUGUUAAGUGUUAUCAACUAUAUCUAAGGGGCUCAAAAUAAAAGGGGUGUAAGUGACAUCAUCGAUUUCUCUCCAUCGGCUCUCUCUUUUGUUCAUAACUUAGCUGCAAACACAUUCUCAGCUGUAUUUAACAAUGUGAAAGAUAGGUCAAAACCAGAGAUGCCAGGUUUAAAGACAUGUCUUCAACAAUUUUGUCAUUUGACUUACUGGAAGUCAUUUGACUUACUGUGAAGACAUUUUGAAGACAUUAUGAAAUAUGUGAAGAAAUUUCAGAGCGAUAGUGUACAUAGAUUCUUUGGAGAUAUUAGUUCCAUCAAAUGUCAACUAUUGGCCGAAAAUAUCGUCAAAAAAAAUUAGGACUUUUGUUUCAGUGUCAUUUGCGCUCGAGAAUUCGAAUGAUUGGGACAUUGUAUUUCUAUUAUUUCGGGCCUAUACUAUACAAUAGAUUAAUUUAGAUCUUUCAAACGAUCACUUCACAAAUCGAAGGUUUUCCGGUUACAUAAAAUUUCAAUAAUUAGUUUCAUAGAUAUGGUUUGAGUUACAACCCAAGCUGAACCAAAGCUGAGUUAUAACCAAAGCAGAAAUACACGAAUUGUGUUUUUACAGUUCCGUUUUUGUGAAAAAACUGGAGCUAUAUUCAAUCAAUUAACGGUUUAUCAAGCCAAUUAUCAUUUCGAAACUCAUAAAAUUUAGUUCACAGUUGAUGAUGAUUGAAAUGAACCUCAAAACUUCAAAAUAAGUUUAAUGAAAUGCGCUAUAUAACAACACCAAUUAGAACAAACAUUGAUUAAGCUAUCAAAAUUUGUUCAAAAGUAAGUUAUGAAUUUUAGUUCCGAUAAGAUGGUGAAGACAUUUGAAGACACUUUUUCGUACCAUUUGAAGACAUUUGGAAAAAUCACCUGGCAUCCCUGGUCAGAACCGAGAUGGAAAAUGUAAGGUGGGAAUGUUUUUGAAUCUGUAACGUCACAGAUUUUGUUUAUGUGUGUUACUUUUCUUAUAAUAGCCCACUACACGAGAUAAAAAUUGUUAUUAAUUGUGAAAAUAAUCAGAUGGAAUGAACGAACCAGUUUUUUUGUUUAAACAAUGCUAGCGUUCAAAAUCAUAAGGGCCCAACUGACAUUUCAGCAGAAACUGAAAUUUUAGUAUUAUUGAGGUGGUCUAAACUUAAUUUCAAUUCAAUUUUACUUCUCAUCACGUCGACCAAAACCAACUUCUUUCAACGUUAUUCGUUGACACAUUCAAUUUUGUAUCAUUUGAGUAACUGACUGUUAUGCCUGCUAUGUGAACUUCCUAUCUUCCUGGUUACUAAUGCAAUCAAAGUUUAACACAACCGAAACCAGUGAAUCUUCCUACCUUCUAUUCUUCAUCUCGGGUCAGAGCCUCAUCUAUCGUAUUCUAUAGAAAACUCAAAUUGGAUCGUUUUUGCAGUAGAGUUAUUUACUAAAGAAAAAGUUGAUGAAGGUAAAUCGAUCAAGUCACUUACACCCCUUUCCUUCUGAGCCCCUCGACUAAAGAAGAAGUCGUUGCGAGAUAACCUGUGGUCACAUUCAACAACUACUUUUUGUAUUCUACACUAUCACUGAACUUCAUUAUCUAAUGCUUAGAAAGCAAACGCAUAGGAAUGUUUCAAGUUCGAUAACCACUUGAUCGGAAACCGGUUCAAACAAUGGGGCAUCGGUUAUAUGCUCUCAGGUUGAUCAUACUGACCACGAGAGGAUGCUAAUUUAUCUGGCUAGAAGCCAGAAAAAAUCAGCGUUUCAAUAAGCCUACAUUAUAACCCAAAUCUACAGCUUUUUCGUCUUCCAGUGAUGCUAACGAACGCAUCCGUCUUUGAACAACUAUUUAUUUUAAAAGAUGCCUAAAUCCACCUAUGGAAUGAGUGAUGUCGCAACUGUUACAAUAGUUAAAUGUUAAAAUAUAUGUCAUUUAGAAUGAACACACAAUAUUAGGAAAUGUUUACAGCAGAUCUAUCAAAAAUCAAAUGAUUUUAAAUUGCCGUAUCAAUGAAUUUCUCGGCAGCCCCAAAAAUGUGGCUGAUUGAAUGUUUGCAGGGUCUAAACUAAUUAUACAUAUAUACUACACAAGUGUACUAAGUGGCUUAUUCACUGAAUUAGAAGAAGAAGAAAAAAUUACCGUAAAACCGUUCAAAAAUGUGUUUGAUGAAACUAAUAUGAAACUAGGAAUCAAGAGUUAGAAGAAGAACAAUUGUCGUUCUGUCCAAUCACUUAGUGUAGAAUAUGUUUUAAAUGUCUUACUUUCUAGCUAACAAAACCACAACCUUGAAUGGUUGACAACAAUGGUUUCUCAAUCAAUCCAUUAACGUGCAAAUGGAAAUGAACAAACAAAUGACACACAAAAAAAACACGGCAUAGACUAAUAUCUGAUUACUACUAUUUACGAAGAAUAGAACAAAACCCAUUCACACUAUCUUCGAUAUGCGGGCCAUAUCACUUUUUUUUUUACACUAAUCUUAUUGUAUUCAUUGAUUGAGCAGAAUAGGAGAGCAAGGAAGAUAGCAGCAGCAGCAUUAUCAAAUUUCUAACGGAAUGUUAACUGAUUAUAAGUAUACACGCAAAUACGUAACGUGACGUCACGCGAAUCAAUCACUUUCACGUGAAGGUGAAGGCAAAAAAAAAUGUUCACUUAACAAUCGGCCAACUCAAAACUUCAUACCCACACACACAAACACAAAUAUAACUAUAGUUUACUGUAUUCAGAAUGGAUCGUUGUAAAUUAGAUACUAAUAUUUAAAUUAUAUUUACCUACUGUAUAUUCGACGGUUUUGGAAAUUGGAACCGUGUGGGCAACCAAACGAUGGGACAUAGUGAGAAUAUUAAAUGUUAAACUGAAUCUGAAAUCCAAUUGAAACCUAGCUAACAUUUACGGGGCAAAGAAGCUACACAAAUCGUAGCAGAAUCAAUGCAAAACCAAUGCUGUCGGAUGUUACACUGAAGUUCUGAAUGAAGAAUGACAAACAAUGAA